AUGGCGACUACUUCCGAACUCUUAACGGAAGACGCUCGGGCCCGUUUCAGUCAUACGAAAGCCCUUUUCGAGCAACUCGAACGUCAAAAUGAGGCAACGAAUGUUCCUUCAUUUUACUCUCCUCGACCCGUCCGUCAACCACCGCCGUUGCCACCAAAGCCAGCAGCUGGAGCAUCAAUGAGUAAUAACGGCAAUCCAAUGAGUCAUUCUCCAUGUCCAAGUAGCCCAACAUCUCAGGUCGCCCACACGUUUUCUGAAAUGGCAAGUGAUUUGGCCAAAAUAUCUUCCGCUUCUUGCCGAUCAUCCGCCAACUCAACGCCCUCUUUAGACCAGAAGCGAUUUAUUCGUAAUAGCUCCGAUUCCAUUCUGGCGGGAACACCUCGAGGCAUAUCACCAUCAACAUCUUCAAUUUCCAAUUACGGAUCCUUAUACUCCGGAAAUCCAUUGGCUCCACCGCCUCCUCCAACUUCUUUGCCAGCUGCAGCUAAUAGUCACAACCCACAGCAGAGAUAUGAGCCGUACUGGAGAGAUCCAUCAUUUUUUAAGAAAAGAUUUGGAGACGAUUCGGAUCAUAUAGAUGCUGAAAAUGACACAAUGAGACAUACAACUUACGCAUUGGUCAAGACUCGUCGUGAAGAUGAUGAAUCUUAUGCUUAUUCGCCCGAUCUUGGUGCACGCUUCCGCGAGUCGGAAGUUAUGUCAGAUAGUCCAAAAGGGCUUAUGGAGACGAGACGUGGUUUGAGUCCAGAACGACGCGAAUACGAAGAAGACUCACGAAAGGUCUCAUUCAGUACAGCUCCAAUCCCAGUUUAUUGUGCCCAUUCGGUUGAUGAUUAUGACCGAAAAAAUGAGGAAAUAGAUCCUGUCGCCUCUUGUGCUGAAUACGAAUUAGAACGACGACUUGAACGAAUGCAGUUGUUUGAUGUUGAAUUGGACAAAGGGCCUGAAGGACUUGGAGUUUCUAUUAUUGGUAUGGGAGUAGGUGCUGAUUCCGGUUUGGAGAAACUUGGAAUUUUUGUCAAAAGCAUAACACCUGGGGGAGCUAUUUAUCAAGAUGGACGUAUAUGUGUUUGCGAUCAAAUUGUAUCCGUGGAUGGGAAAAGUUUAGUGGGAGUAUCACAGCUUUAUGCAGCCGAAACGUUGAGAGCUACUACGAAUCGUGUUCUUUUUACUAUUGGUCGAGAACCCAACUUGGACGAGUCUGAAGUUGCUCAACUUAUCCGUCAGUCAUUAGAACAAGAUCGCCUCCGAGUUACAGAGGAAGAUAACGAACCAGUGGAUGAUGAUCAUCCAAUUCACUCGAGCCGAGGGAUUGAUGAGCAUGAGAUUCGAACUCGCAUCUCAUCAUUGGAACUGGAGCUAGAAGAGUCACAGAAAAAAGCUGAUGAAAUGCAUAACGUUCUCGAUGAUACAAAGGCUCACUAUGAACAACUCGAGCGCAAAUAUGACCAAGCUAAUCAGCUACUACGAAACUACCAAGAGAGAGAAAAGGAACUCCUUAGUCGAGAAGAGAGUCAUGUCGAACAGCUUCGUGAUAAAGAUUCUCAUUACGCUAUGCUUGUCACGCAACUCAGAGAACGCAUCGAAGAGCUUGAAUCUAAAUUAGAAGAAAUGGACCAAAGACGACAAUCAAUUACCCAAAUGGAACUCGCCCAUCUACGGGACAAGCUCAAGUCUUCCAUCAAUUCUGCAAAUGCAACUGUGCCGGUUCAGGUAGAUAAACGAGAAGAGCUGUUGGCUUAUAAACCAUCUGCAAAUGAACUCCCUCAAGAGGAUAAAGCUGUUAUGGCUGACUUGCCUUUCAACCCGUGUCGCAAAGACGCAGAAGUGUCUGUGGGAAGCAGCUGUGACGAAGAUAAAUUCAGCAGUUCUUGUGACAGUCCCAUUCCCCGUAUAUCUGAACCAGCAUCGCCUGCUCUUCCACAUAAGUUUGUUCAUCGCAAACUACUGUUCCCACUUCGUAAACGUUAUUUGACAAAUGAGAACGAGUUUUGGAGGGCUUCUGUCGAGGUUCAAGGAUUACAAGUUCUUCAUUGGUCAGUGGAUGAUGUGUGCCAGCUAUUGGUUUCUAUGGGACUGGAUAAAUAUGUUCCUGAGUUUACCAUAAACAAGAUCAAUGGGGCCAAGUUCCUGGACUUGGAUGGAAGCAAACUCAAGGGCAUGGGAAUUCAAAAUCAUUCUGAUCGCUCUCUAAUUAAGAAGAAAGUUAAAAUGAUCAAAAGCCGAAUAGAAAGAGAGCGAAAGCUCCUGGAGAAAGAGAGCAGAGCCAGAGUUUUAAACCAGAUUAUGCCCAUCCAAAUGUAA